UUCUUUCCUAUCGUCUGCGUUUAUCUGUUGACCGCCUUAACUGCCUAUCUCUUUUAUCUUGAUUUCAGGGGUAUUAUCUGGAUUUUAGAAGGUCUUAGAAUACUCAGGGCCAAAGUAGAUAUUGACAAUUUGGACCUUAAUCGUAUUUAUACGUUUGAAGAGUUUGAAUUUAUCAAUGAGCAACUAAAGACACGUACCUUGGUGAUCAAUGGUGAUCCAGUAAAUCUGCUUGAGUUCGAUAAAGGAAAACUUUUACCAGUGCCACAAAAUCCAAUAAUCAAAGAAGCUGUUGCUGGCGAGAUCUUUGGUCAACUUCGCAAUUGGAAUAUACAAACUCGCGAAAAUGGAAUCAUCACUACAUCUCAAGGUGGAUUUAAUUUUAACAUUUCUGGUCAACGAACAAUUCGUGCACCCGAUGUUGCAUUUACUCCAAAAAAUAUUUAUCGUUCGCUUGAUCAACGACAACAAUGGACCUUCAGGAGUCAGCCAUUUACACCUACCUUUGUUGUAGAAGUCGCGGUUGUUCGAGAAGGCUAUCAAGAAUUUAAUAAUUUAGAUCAAAAGUUCAAGGAAGUUUACUUUUCAAUUGGCUCAUCUGUUCAGCUUGGUUGGUUAGUGGAUCCGCAAAAUAAAAAUAUAUAUAUUUAUAGAAAAAGAGCUAAUGGGGUUAUUUAUCGAGUCACACAUGACUGGAACGAUGUAAAUGGUGAUAGUACUUUGCCGGGAUUUACACUUCGUGUACGACUAAUUGAUGAUGCAAUUUCACAGGAACCCUCCGAAUCAUCAUCAUCAGACGAAGAAUUGCAAAUAAAUUGCCCUAUGUGUGAAUUAACUUUCUCCGAUAAACAUCUUUUUAUUAGUCACUUUGAAGAUUCCCAUACCC